AUGCGGGGUGCCAGCCCUGUCUCAACGCCGCUCUGCUCUCCUCUUGCAGAGAAGACGGGCCAGGUGCUGGAGGAGUUCUGCCGGUGCUACAGGGAGCAGUACGGAGUAGCGCUCUUCAACAGCGUCCGCUAUGAAAUCGAAGGUGCUGCUGACCUUCCCACGCAGAGCGGCAGCACCCAGUGGGGCAGUGGAUCCUCCUUGUCCUCCGGCAGCCGUUCUCACUCUGUUGUCCCUUCCCCGCAGGUCCCGCUGGAGGACCACGUCAUCUACUCGGGCAACCUCUUCCAGUACAUUGAGGAGAACAAGAAGUGGAGGAACCGCUUUUGUGUGGUCCCGCACAACUACGGCUUGGUGCUCUACGAGAACAAGCUGGCCUACGAGCGAGUGCUGCAGCCCCGUGUGCUGGUGAACAGUGCCGGCUACAAGAUCCUCACCUCCCUUGACCAGUACCUGGAGCUGGUUAAUGGCAGCCUGCCGGGAACCACCCCCAAGUCUGGGAACACUCCAAUCCUGAAGUGUCCCACCCAGUUCCCCCUCAUCCUCUGGCACCCCUAUGCCCGGCACUACUACUUCUGUGUGAUGACGGGCAAGGAGCAGGACAAGUGGCGAGCCGUCUUCCAGGACUGCGUGCGGCACUGCAACAACGGGAUCCCUGAGGACUCCAAAGUGGAGGCCCCAGCCUUUACGGACGCUGUCCGCAUGUACCGCCAGUCAAAGGAGCAGUACGGCACUUGGGACAUGCUGUGCGGCAACGAAACCCAGAUCCUGAGCAACCUGGUGAUGGAGGAGCUGGUCCCGGAGCUGAAGAGCACCAUCGGUCCGAGGCUGAAGGGCAAGACACAGGAGCGGCAGAGGACCUGGAUCCAGAUCUCGGAUGCCGUCUACAGGAUGGUUUAUGACCAGACGAAGACCCAGUACGAUGCAGUUCUCACCAAAUGUGAACUGGAACGUCCCCAGAUGGAGAGCACCAUCCGUACAGAUAUGGACCAGAUCAUCACUUCGAAGGAGCACUUGGCAAGCAAAAUCCGAGCAUUCGUCCUGCCCAAAGCGGAGAUCUGUGUCCGUAACCAUGUCCAGCCCUACAUCUCCUCCAUCCUGGAGGCUCUGAUGACCCCCACAAGCCAGGGCUUUGCCGAGGUGCGUGAGGUGUUCUUCAAGGAGGUCACAGACAUGAACAUGAAUAUCGUCAAUGAGGGCGGCCUGGAGAAGCUGGUCGAGUACAUGGAGAAGCUUUCGCAGUUGGCCUUCCACCCCGUCAAGAUGCAGUCAUGCUAUGAAAAGAUGGACCAGCUGAAACUAGAGGGUCUUCAGCAACGGUUUGAUGUCUCCAGCACAUCUGUCUUCAAGCAGAGGGCCCAGAUUCUCAUGAGACAGCAAAUGGACGACGCUGUGCACACGUUCGAGACCCUCCUCCACCAGGAGCUGGGAAAGCUUCAGGGCAAAGACGACUUGUGCAAGUCAAUCCAGCGCAUCCUUGAGCGGGUGCUCAAGAAAUACGACUAUGACAGCAGCACUGUGCGGAAGAAGCCUCCACGGCAGGAGUUAGCCAAGUUCCAAGAGCUUAUCUUUGAGGACUUUGCCAGCUUUAUCCUUGUGGAGAACACUUACGAGGAGGUCGUGCUGCAGUCGGUCAUGAAAGACAUCAUGCAAGCUGUGAAGGAGGCAGCAGUGCAGAGAAAGCACAACCUCUACCGCGACAGCAUGGUGAUGCACAACAGCGACCCCAACCUGCACCUGCUCGGCGAGGGCAUCCCCAUCGACUGGGGAGAGGAGCUCGGCGGCCAGCCCGACGCCGAGCCCGCGCCCGACAAGCGCCGCCGGGCCAAGCAGGUGGUGUCGGUCAUCCAAGACGACGAGGGGGCCCUGCCUUACGAGGCAGGCGCCGAGGCGCUGACGCAGCACGAGGAGCAUGAGCCACAGGAGCUGGUGCCUCCGGUGGUGCCGGGCUCACCUGGGAGCGUGCAGGAGAUCCGGGAAAUGCUGCAAAAGGAGGUUCUUGAGGAACCUGCAGGCCUUGCGGAGGCAGAGGCGGAGGAGCGGCUGGCAAACGGUACCGUCAUCACCCAGGAGAGCAGUGCCACUGAGGGAGGGCCGCAAGAAGCCACCUGUGCAGCAGGCUCUGCCCCGUGCGACACCGUCCCCCAGGGCCCGGCCAGCACAGGGACCCUUGCGCGGUCCCCACCAGUGGAGCAGCAGGUCGACCCGGAGUGCCCCAAGCCCAGCGACAAGGAGACAGGGGAGGAGGUGUCGGCGGCGUGCAGCGAGGGCAGCGCGGCGCCGCCCGCGGUGGGCACGACGGAGCGCGGCGAGGCGGUGCAGACUGAGUUCUAG